GUCCAUUGCCCGGGUAUCUACGCACAGACGCCGCUAUCUUUGACGUUGGGAAUCGACCAUUGAAGGCUAAAGUUAAUAGAGGCCUACACCGCUCUAGACAGCCAGGCUGGUAAUACAGAGCCCGGCGAACUUAUGUGGUAGGGCGGCACGGGGCUGACGUAUCGGCCCAUCUGGCUAACGACCAAGAUUGAGAAAACCCGUGUAACAGCUGAAGUUGUUGGUUUUCUGGUCUGCGCUAGUGAAUUUGCUACCUGGUUGCUCAAUUUCCAGUUCUCAUUGCUGCCCAUCAAAGUCUUACGCCGGCGGCCGGCUACAACUGCUGGGUCCCUGUCUUCGCCAUGGCGGCGGUACAGGAGUCCCUGUCUGUGAUUGCACUCAUAUCUGGAGGAAAGGAUAGCUUCUACUCCAUCCUCCAUUGCCAGGCUAAUGGGCAUCGUGUCGUGGCACUGGCCAAUCUCUACCCGCCAGAAACAGUAGAGAAAGCCAGCACAGGCGUGGGGCAGAGUCAAACCCAGACCCAAGCUGGUGGUACUGGCUAUGGAAACGACGACGGUGAGACGGAUCUGAACAGUUUCAUGUAUCAGACCGUAGGUCAUCAGAUUAUCCCGUUGUACGCGCGGGCCACAGGUUUGCCGUUAUAUCGUCAACAGAUCGUGGGAACUGCGGUCCACCACGGCUUAAGCUAUGAGAAUCCAAGCCACAAGGCGCAUACGCAUGUGGCGUCCAGCGGUGAGAAGGAGCAAAACGCACAGCUAGAGCUAGAGCAUGAGCAAGAGCUUGAGGAUGAGACUGAGUCUCUAGUGCCGUUAUUACGUGCUGUCAUCAAGGCGCAUCCUGAGGCCAACGCUCUGUGCACAGGCGCCAUCUUAUCAACAUACCAGCGCACGAGAGUCGAGUCUGUAGCUCUGCGCUUAGGGCUAGUGCCUCUAUCAUAUUUAUGGCAGUUCACUGAGUUGCCUGCCACAGCCUCUAGAGGCCGCCACGAUCGAGACAUUGUCUUAACGGGGAUAGCCACGUGGAAUAGCCGUGACGCCAAGAGACGUCAAGGGAACUCAGUGCAAAAACCUGCCCGAGAAGAUGCUCGACUCCUACGUGACAUGGCCGCAGUUGGUCUCGAGACGCGCAUUGUCAAGGUCGCCAGUGCCGGCCUCGACGAGGACUUCCUCUGGGAAAAUGUGGCUAGCGAGGUUGGUGUGCGGCGUGUUGAGCGCGCUAUGCGCCGCUUCGGGGCUGCAGGUGGCCGGGGAUCCAUACUCGGCGAGGGUGGUGAGUUUGAGACCCUCGUGGUAGACGGCCCGCCUUCCCUCUUCAAGGGUCGUAUCAUUGUAUCGGACGAUGAUAGACGCAUCAUCCGUGAAGGAGGCGGGUGCGCUUGGCUCAGCUUUCGCCGCGCGGAUGUCGUGCUGAAGGAUUCGGUAGAGCGGACUGAUCAAUUGCCAAGCUUAGUAGAUGUCCGAGUUCCCGAUUUACUCGACCCCAGAUUUGAGGACUCUUUACGAUGCUUACUCGCAGAUGGUCAAGAGCCAAGGUUUGCCAAUGUGUCAUCAAGCGAUGGCCAGACCGAACCCACCGCCAAUUCCAUUUCGACUAGUAGUUCUUACUCAAUUCCAACGGACUUGCCGAGUUGUGAACUACCGCUGUCGCCGCGAUCCUUCUCAUCGUCGCAUGAAUGGUGCUAUCUCGGCAGCGGUGGGGCCGAAUCCUUCAACGUCGAAGCACAAACAGUCAGCAUCGUGAACCAGAUCCGUCGACAAUUGGAUGCGCACGCACUUUCUGCUGCGGCGAUAACAAACUCCGUGAUCGUCCUACGACAUAUGUCAGAUUUCCCACUCGUCAACAAACACUACGGUUCAUUAUUCCGCAAGCCCAACCCGCCGUCUCGGGUCACGAUAUCUUGCGGCAGUGAACUAUUACCAAAAGAUGCUGCUAUCGCAGUCUACUUAACGGUGCAACUAUGUUUGCAGCCACAUGAAAGACGAGGGCUUCAUGUCCAAUCACGCUCGUAUUGGGCGCCUGCUAAUAUUGGCCCGUACAGUCAAGCCAUUGCAUUCCCACUCUUGUCUCUGCCACCAGCUGAGGCCGUGACUAAGAAAGAUAUUGAAGAUGAAUCCAAUUUGCCAGUGUAUUCUGAUGUAUCAAGCUCACCUCUCGCCGUAUCUAUAGCUGGCCAGAUUCCCCUACUCCCUGCAUCUAUGGUAUUGCCUUCAUCGUCCACAAAAUAUAAUGUUGAACUACAAAUCACACUGGCUCUACAGCAUCUAUGGCGUGUCGGGAUUGAGAUGCAAGUCCGCUGGUGGACGAGCGUUGUCGCCUACUUCCCUGCUGCGGCAUCCGCCGAUACGAUGAAAUACCAGACCCUGCUUGCUGCAACUGUGUGGAAAACGGCUCACCUAUGGCCUGACUUGGACGACGGAGAUGACUCCGGUGAUGAACAUGAUAUGAGUGAUGAAGAUAAUGCUGGCCCGGAUAUCUGGGACCGGCGGUACAACGCUGAGUACAUGACUUAUAGUGGCGGCACUGAGGAGGAGUCUUUCCCGUUCUCUCUUCCGAAUUGGAGUGCUCUCAAAAGAUUGGUUGUCCACGAUGAUGGAGAUGAUUAUGACAAGAAAUCAUAUUUGAGGAACAAAGUAGAAAGCAUUCCAUUUUUCUUCGCUGCCGAGGUCGAGGAGCUUCCGCGUCAGGCUGGCGUCGAAUGGCAUGCACAUCUAGGUCUCGCAGAGCUACAGCCGGGAAGUGUCACGCUAUUUUCCGCCGCCGGUGACAAGAUCUCGUCUGGACAUGGUCUUCAUGAUUUAAAUCUCCAUCACGUUCUCGUCGACUCGGGAGAUGUAUUGUUCACACAGACAACCGCCGUUUUAGGAUCGCCAGUCAGCCAGGAUGAGACCCAUAUAAAUUCACUUUCCCUAGCUGUGCUUCGAAGUGUAUUCGCUGCUACCUCAGAAUCGCUCAAGAAAUCGUUAGGUCUUUCAUUGGGUCCGUCUUUCAAGCCAAAGAUCACCUACACUGACGCCGUCCAGCUUGGCGAAGAUGAUAGUCUAGAUGAUAUAGGGGUACUGAUUCCGUGCCGCUCGCUCUGGGACUCACGAGGCUACCGACUAAGUGUUGUGUCUAUAUUCGAGACAAGAGUAGUGAAGUCAAGAUAGAUCUUCAAUACUCGUUUUACCACUCAUUUGUCUUAUCUUAUAACUUCAAUUUGCCAAUAAGCAACAACAGAGUGUUGCGUAAACUUGAAGAAGCAACUGCAAGAGCGAAAGUACAUUAUUAUACCUCUAGACCAUGAGAUAUGAGGCACAGCUUCAAUAUGAGCCCUAUAACGUUCUGUUUGUUAGGACUCAUGAUAUUAUAAUUCUCGCGUAUCAUGGUUAAGAUACAGUUCUCUUCUACCAGGUAUACCUAGGGGUGCACACAAGUCACAUUAAAACCUUCUGACCUUUUCGACACCAAUAUUUUCCUCCCUGGUGGGAUCCCCUGAUAGCCCUCCAUAGUUCUUGAGUAACGGGGGCGUGUUUACCAGCACGAGCCUUGCACAGGUCGAUCUCAGCCUUGUAAGCUAAGGAUCACUUUUUGAGGGAAGACACUCUCGUGGCUCAAUGUACAAGGCGUCUGCGCAGUACAUAUGUCACGCUGCACAUUAAUCUCAGCAUGCCAGAGUUGAGAAAGCUGCACAAAGCAGCUAGUAUCACGCUCAGUUCACUUUAGUACAAGGCCAAGAGCAAAAUACAUAAAGCAAAUGAAUACCCAACGGGAAUGACAUCCCAGGCCAUGGGUGCAAUGGACGUUAUAUGUUACGCUUACUCCUUGUUCCGGUUA